AUUCGCACUGCGCAUGCGCCUACUUCCGGGAACUCGUACUUUGGAACUCGUAUUUCAUUUGGGUUUUCCGGGGAUUUAUUUGACGUUAUCACCAGAAAAAAACAGGUGAUAACGCAGAGCUGCGGCGGCUUUUAAACUACCUGCAUUAAAAGUUUGUUUGUUUUUGGAGCGGAAGUGAAAAGGCGCACGUGAGCGCGCGUGCAGGCGUUAUAGAGCGCGUGUAUAAGCAGCGCAGUGGUGGUGUAAUAAACAGGGAAUAGCAGGAGGGUGUGAUGGAGCAGCUGUUAAAGAGGGAGCUGGGCUGCAGCAGGGUGAAGGCUGUAGGCUCCUCAGGGGGAGGAUGCAUCAGUGAGGGCCAGAGCUACAGCACAGACUCCGGCACUGUGUUCGCCAAGAUCAACCACAAGAGCCAGGCCAGAUGCAUGUUCGACGGAGAGAAAGCCAGCCUGGAGGCGAUCCUGUCCACGAACACGAUCCGAGUGCCGAGACCGAUGAAGGUCGUGGAUCUGGAAGCAGGAGGAGCCGUGUUCAUCAUGGAGCACGUAGACAUGAAAUCCUUGAACAGGUACGCGGCUCAGUUGGGGCAGCAGCUAGCGGACCUGCACCUCCAUAAUAAACGACAGAAAGAGAAACAGAACAAGGAGCAGCAAACUGUUGGAAAAGGAAGCGGCCGGUCGGAAGUUCCGGUUAUCGACAAGUUCGGGUUCCACAUCAAAACCUGUUGUGGCUACAUCCCUCAGGUGAACGACUGGCAGGACGACUGGGUGUCCUUUUACGUCCAGCAAAGACUUCAGCACCAGCUGGGAUUAGUGGAGCAGUCGUACGGAGACAGAGAGGCCAGGGAAUUAUGGGCCAGCCUCCAGCUGAAGAUCCCUCAGCUGUUUGCGGGCGUGGAGGUGGAACCGGCGCUGCUUCACGGCGACCUGUGGAGUGGCAACGUGGCCGAGUACUCCGACGGCCCCAUCAUCUUCGACCCGGCCUCGUUCUACGGCCACGCCGAGUACGAGCUGGGGAUCGCCGGGAUGUUCGGCGGUUUCGGGAAACACUUCUACAACGCCUACCACGAGAAGAUCCCCAAGGCCCCAGGGUUCGACAAGAGACAUCAACUGUACCAGCUGUUCCACUACCUGAACCACUGGAACCACUUCGGUACCGGGUACAGGGGCUCGUCCCUGCGCAUCAUGAAAGAGCUUUCAAAGUAGAAAUGGAGUCAUAAUAUUUGAAAAUCAGUUUUGAGAAUUGAUUGCGGAUGCUGUUCUGAUUUCUGAACGAAUUUUUUUCUUCAUUCAUAGUGGGUUGGAUAAAUAUCUAGCGGUUGAUUGUUCUGUCUGAAAGAUGAUUAAAUGAGGAAUAAAACCACUCUGCAUUGUGCUGUUAUAGGAAACUAAUCAACAGCGGGGUGGUGUGAUGAAACGGAGUUACUGUUUCUGCCUGGAAGGUGAUUCAUUUUCUAUAACAGUGUUUUAUUCCUCUUACACCACAGCAAGUUUCCAGUGAUUACAAUAUUUAAUUUAUUAAAGAAUGACACAGUGCUUUUUAUCCAUUUAGAGGUACAUGUAAUGUGGAAUAUCCAUAAAACAAGUUAGUUCUUGUUCUCACUUAUGCUCAUACCAGUCAUUCCCUCA